GGUCGUCCUGCUUGUUGCUGUCGUCUGUGGUAGAGAGUGAAACAAAUAAAAAGCCAACAUGUCUGAGAAAAAAAUGACAUCAAGUCGGAGGCAUCAUCUGAAGAGCUUAAUGCUGGCGAUUGCCAAAGACCUGCUGGAGGCUGAAGCAGCCGAGGCAGAGGAGGAGAGGAAGAGGUACAUGGAGGAGAACUGCCCCGCCCUGUCCUUACCUGGCUCCACACAGGAACUGCAGGAACUCUGCAAAAAGCUCCAUCAGAAGAUCGAUGCGGUCGAUGAACAGAGAUACGACAUGGAGGGCAAAGUCAGCAAGUGUGACAAGGAGAUUGAGGAUCUAAAAAUGAAAGUGCAGGACCUGAAGGGAAAGUUCAAGAAGCCUGCUCUGAGGAAAGUGCGCAUGUCUGCCGAUGCCAUGCUGCAAGCUCUGCUGGGCUCCAAGCACAAGGUCAACAUGGACCUGAGAGCCAACCUGAAACAGGUCAAGAAGGAGGUCAAAGAGGAGGAAAAGGACGCUGGUGACUGGCGUAAGAACAUCGAGGAUAAGGCCGGCAUGGGCGGCAGGAAGAAGAUGUUUGAAUCAGAUGCCUAAAUUAGCUUCCUUUGCUGGGCUAUUGGUUGCUGGAUUGUUUUGGAUUGUUGGAAUUUUUGGAUUCCUGCUGGCCAGAUGUCCCUCAAUUUUAGCUUUAUUUAUUUCCUGUGGCUUAUACAGUUGAGUAGCACAAAAGGCAGAUGUAUGUAACCAGUGAGAUUUUGCAAAUCUAUACUUUUCCUCUCCAAUAGAUUCAGGUCAGACAUUUUUACCAGAACUAUUUGGUGGGGAAAGUAAAUUUUGUAUUUCGCUGAGAAUUACUACUAAAUAAACAACCGUAAGACAACCUGCAGUUUUAUGGCUUAAUUUUUCUUACAUUCCUUGUUACUGAUGUUUUCAGUAUACAGUUUCAGAUCUCGGAUGAAUGGUCAAAAUCUCAUAGACAGAAAACCUGGCCAGGAAAUCAUUUGACCUGGUCAUCACUCUCCUGGUGGGCUGUUGUGAUAUUAAUAGGAGCUCCAGCUAAGAUCCCUGUACAGUACAUGUGAUAGCAAAAGUCUCUUUCUACUCAACACUCCUGCCAAGGUUGAGAGGGGCCAGUGGUCAUUCACAUUCACAGGUAAACACUAAGGCCUUUCCAGAAGAAAACAUGGAAACAUGGAGUAAAUAAUAAUCCAUAAUCCAACCAGCAGAUGACCAAUGUUGCUUAUGACAAAAAAUAAAAAAUGGAGGUAAUUGAUGGUUGAAAGAUUGUACGUUUUGCAUUUUUAAAUUGCGAUAGUUAAUAAUAUAAUGGGUUAUAAUGGUUGCGUAGUGGAAUUACUUUUUCAGCACCCAAAUGAAUUGUUGCUUGAAUACUUCAAAACUUCAUGCAAUUUUCAGCAUUUUACCACAGGGUGGCGAUAACGAGCUAUUCACUUCAGGAUGGGUUCCGAAUACUGAAGGUGUUUAACAGGAAAAAUCUGCACACACAUCGUCUUAUUUACUACUUUAUCUUUCUAAAAUAGGACGAUUUGCUUCAACUGUAAACUUGGUGGAUUUCAGCGAUGGUUACUCUCCUCAGCUUUUGAGGAGAGGACUUCUGACACACAAACAUGGCCAGAGAGGGCGUCCUGGGCCACAACAGAAGGCCUGCAGUCAUAUAUACACCUUGGCUGUUCAGCUGUCCUCGUCUAACCCGUCCAGCCCUCGUCCAGGCCUGCACACUCCUGUCUUCCUCCUGCUGGGUGUGAAACAAACAGCCUGACAAGAUGUCUGAG